AAACCAUUGCACAACCUCAUCGUCUCCUUCUCUCUCUGUCCAAGUUGUGUGUUUGCAACAUGCAAAAGCGUUGACGUCGCACUCGCAACCUCCCCCUCCCUCGCUUUGGAUCCAAACAAAAACCGCACCAAACCAUCGAGCUCAGCCGCGGCGCGCGCGCGGCGACACCACCAACUCGCUGGCUCGGCGUCGAUCGCCAUUGCUUGAUCAAGCUCGAUCGCGAUGAGCGGCGGCGGCGCGCCGCCUGGGGCGCCGGGGAUGAUGACGCCGGGCGACGGCAACUCCGUCGGCAUGUUCAGCUCCGACCGCAUCGGCGGGUUCGGCUACGGCGUCGGCGUGUCCGUCGGGAUCCUCCUCCUCAUCACCACCAUCACGCUCGCGUCCUACUUCUGCACGCGCGCGCCCGUCACCGCGGCCGAUGCAGCGGCGGCGGCGGGAUCGUCGCGGCGGCACCGCGGUGGGGGUGGGGGCGGCGGCGGCGGCGGCGGCGGGGCCGGGCACGAACACGACGACGUCGAGCUCGGCAUCGACGAGGCGACGCUCAAGGGGUACCCGGAGGUGGUGUACGGCCAGCCGAGGAAGGAGGCGGCGAAGGCGGCGUCGGCGGCGGCGACGAAGAAGGGCGGCGCAACCACGUGCAGCUGCUGCUCGAUCUGCCUCGACAACUACGGCGACGGCGACGUGCUCCGGAUGCUGCCGGAGUGCGGCCACCUGUUCCACCGGGAGUGCGUCGACCCGUGGCUCCGGCAGCAUCCGACCUGCCCCGUCUGCCGGACGUCGCCGCUGCCGAGCCCCUUGCCGACGCCGCUCGCCGAGGUCACGCCGCUGGCAAUGGCGAGGCCGUCAUGACACGUGGAGGUUCUUUGCUUGGUUUUCAUUUUUUAAAAUUUUUUUCUUAUUCAUAUAAAACUAAACUUGAGGAUGAAAUUUGUGUAUUCUGCAAAAUGGAAUGCAUAAAAGAAUUCCUCAAGAUAGGGACUAGAAAUUUCCUCUUGGUAAUUGGGUGUAAAUUUGGGUUCAGAGUAGAUUUUCUUUUCUGAUAUAAACAAAGUUUGGCAUAGGAUUCUCUUUGGAAUUAGGAUUCACUUUGGAUUUUUGGAGGGAGAUUAUGUAUGGAUUACAAAUUUGGAUGAACCUUCUAGAGAUCUAAUUUUUAUAUCAUCAAGCUUAGUGCAGAAGAACGAAGAUGAGUGUAAACAAAGUAAGAAGUAGGAACAUAUUUGCAGAAUGCUUUAUAUAUGUAAAAUUCUAUCAUGAAUAUCUGUAAAAUUGAAGAUGCACAUUUCAAAAGGAAUAGAUCCUUUUAAUUAA